GAGAAGACGACGAAGAAGAAGAAGGCCAGACGCGAAUAGUACGACGACGACGAUGGUUACAUUCUACGGAUCAGAGAGCUCGAUAGCGUGCCGAAGUCGAAGCGAACGGCAAUAAAUCCAUUUUUCGUGAAGGGUCGGUCGAGGGGCGAGAGCGAGCCAGGGUCUGAUUAGCAGCCUGACUCGCCGUACAGGAUGACAGCCGGGUGUUUUGUGCCCUUAACACCCCCAUUGUUCGAGGGUGAACUGUACACCGAUAUUGGCCGAGUUCACUGGAUAUCUUUCAGUUUGGUUCCUGUUUGCACGAGAAACGACUCGUCAUUGUCCAUCGAGGCUGUUGGCAGGCAAAAGAAUUAA